AUGGCACAAGGCGAAUUCGCGGUUUGGCUUCCACCGGUGAAGAACAAAGAUUCAGGUCGAGAAGUGAAUGAGAAAGGUCUCGCCUUUUUUCGCCUUUUCUUCUAUGAGAUUCUUGACGAGUUCAAGAAAACCAAGCAAUGGUCAAUUUUCAACAAUUUCAAGACGUUUUUCGGAAAGAAUCGUAUGCAGAAGAUCAACCAGAAUUUGACGUGUGGUGACAAGGCACGGGAAUAUUUGACGGCCUAUUAUGCCUUGCACGAACUUUUUGGCACAAAUGAAGGCACUUUAAUGGUUGAUCAAGUCGUUAAAGAACUCGCACCAAAUUUGUACACCCACGCGCAUGGCCUCGCUGUUAACAACAAUCCAGUUUGCAACACUUUUGUUAAGUUUUUCAUGCGAGACGAUGACCCAUUUUUCUUGGAUAAAGUUGCGGCUUCGUUGCACUUAUACGGCUUUUUGGACAAGAUUGAGCCAAAACAUCACUCCUAUCGUGCCUUUCUUGAUGAGUUCAAUGACAAUCGGACCAACAUUAGAAAUCGACUCCGAGAAGAUGUGCUACUUGAUUGCCAAGCGAAGGGCAUGGAUCCACGGUCUUAUUCACGAGAAUUCGAUCAUCGCUAUUUUGCUCGUGUCUUUUUGAGGAACCUUCCGAGAUGCCAUCAGCAGGCUCUUGACGGCGAAGAUUGGAUUUAUGACUUCAUCGAUGAAGUGAAAGGAUGCCCGCGUAAUCGUGCUAUGUUGACCGUUUUCAUGCCAGAUUAUCAGCAACAACUCGAAGUUCGCGCACAACAACGAAUGCUUGCUGAGCAAAAAGACCACGGAGACAUUAUGGAAGAAGACAGUGAAGAAGUCACGACUUGUCGCUCACAAAAGGUGUCCGGCUCUGAAAUGUUUAAAAAAUGGAGUCGGGAGCGGGAAAUGAGUGGAUUCGUUCCUGGAGAUCCGCCUACUCUCCGCGCUUAUCAACACGAGCUUGCCGAGUCCGCUGUACAGGGAAAAAAUGUCGUCGUUGUUGCACCAACUGGAUCCGGAAAAACCUUUGUGGCGGCUCAUAUUGCAAGACAACAUUUGGAUCAAGCGGAGCGUGAUGGAAGGCCGGCAAGAGUGGUGUUCAUUGUUCCCAAAGUUCCAUUGGUUGAUCAACAACAAAGGGCGUUCGAUCACUUCUUUGGCGGACGAUAUCUCGUGGCUGGAAUGCACGGAAAUGCUGCGAUUGGAGAAGACGACAAUCGGAAGGAGUUGGUUCUUGGGGCUCAUCUAACCGUGAUGACUCCACAGCUUUUGAUUAAUAUGCUGAAGUCCAUUCGACGAGCUGAUCGAAUCUACCUCUGCGAUCUGACCUUAAUCAUGCUUGAUGAGUGCCACCACACAACGAAAGAGAGUGCCUAUAACAUUUUGAUGGAUCUGCUGCAGGAUUAUGGCGAAAAAAUGGAACCGAGAAAUGCCCCACAGGUGGUUGGUCUUACUGCUUCAUUGGGUACAGGCGGCGGACAUACCACGGCACUCAAUACAGACGCUGUUUGCGAGUACAUCUACAAAUUGUGCGCCUCAAUGAAUGCUCAUCGUCUCUGCACCGUGCAGAAGCAUAAAGAGGAACUCAACAGAUAUGUACAACUUCCAGAUGACGAGGUUAAACGGUGCCGACGAAGUGAUCGCGACGGUGUCAAUUUCAGUACGCAGCUCCUAACGACUAUGCAAGAGGUCGAGGUGAGCAAAGUGGCACCCGAGCUGAAAAAGUUGACCACUGGCAGCAAUCCCAUUUUCACCGAGAGAGAAAUUAACCUUGGUUCAAGCCUCAGAUGCCCUACUCGUUACGAAAGCAUAGUGUCACAGAUGAUGGAUAAAAUCAACAAGCAGCACAACUUGGGGCAGCACUUAAAGAUUACACUUACAAAUGGACUUCGAUUCUUGAAGGUUUGUGUUGGCGCUCUGUUGAUCGAUGAGGUUAUGCCGUCAGUGUAUGCGCUGGCUUAUCUGGAAGAGACUUUCAAAAAUAUUCAAAGGAACGAGUUUCUCAAUGAGCUAUUUGGACAUAUGAAACGCACGCUGCACGAAAGAAGUCAAAAUGAAGAUUUGUCAAAGAAAGAAAUCGUGCAAGAACUAAAGAAGAGGCUUGAAGAUCAGCUGACAGCAAACCCGGACAGUCGAGUUUUGAUUUUCGUCAAAGAACGCUCUACGGCUCAACGUCUCUACCAGUGUAUCAACACUCACAGGUUCUUCGAAUCGUUGACCGGUGGAGGCCGUUACAAAAUCGCUGGAUUUGUCACAAGUGCGCAAAGCAAGGGCAAGAAGGCUUCGAAUCAAACGCAAACCGAACAAAAGCAAAUGCUUGAAGAUUUUAACAAUGGAGUAAUCAAGAUAAUGGUCUCAACUUCCGUCGUUGAAGAGGGUCUCGACGUACAAACUUGUAACUUGAUCAUCAAAUACAAUAUGACUGGAAGCACUAUUUCAGAAAUGCAAAAGAGAGGUCGUGCAAGAGCAGCCGGAAGUAAAUCAGUUCUCUUGGUUGUCAGCGAUUCGGUGGAGCAAAGGGAAAUGGAGAACCGUCACGGAGAAAUGCUCAUCGAACGAGCCAUUCGAGUGAUCAAUUGUCUCAGUGAGGACGAAUUUACACAACGAUGCGAAUUACAUCGAGGAAAUCGCAUGAGAGAUCGUAAACAAGCCGCCAUAGAGGAAGCUCGUCUGCAGCAAAAUAUUAAAACAUGCACAAUUCAAUGCCUCACAUGUGAAAAUGUAAUUGGACAAUCGACAAUGAUGCGUACGAUCCUCAAUCACAAUUAUGUCCUUUGUAACACAGAUAUAUGGAAGAAGGUGGUGCUGAUUCCCCAGAAGAAAAUCAAGUCGGUUGGUGAAAUGACUUUGGUCCUCGGCUCGGCCAAUUGUAACAACAUGGCGGAUAUUGAUGAUCCAAAAAGCCGUUGCCCCAAUUCGUUGGGCACGGUUAUUCGCUACGCGGGAGUUUAUCUUGUUCAGCUGGCUAUCAAUCAAAUUUUGUUGAUUGAUCAAGAAGGUAAUACAAUCGAAGAGAAGAAAAAGUGGUCGGCUGUGAAGAAAAGCGCCUUUUACAUCAAAGAGAUCACCAAUGCUGACUUGAAGAAUAUGACCAAAUGCUUGCCAGAGAAGAUCCACAAGGAGUUCCUCGGAGCUGAAGCAGGAAUCAAGGAAGCGGCAGCUCAACAAAUGAAAAGGAAGCAGACACGUCGCGAGAAAGAGGACCAACCACUUCAAGAUUGGGAGCCUGUAGACUAUGACGAAGAUUUGGACGAUGAAGGUACGGCAGCGCGAGCUGAUGAGGGAGGAGAUGAAUGGAAGGAUUCU